CUGUCACUUGGCCUCGAUCAGGUGACGUGCUCGUUCACUCGCUUUGCGGCGGCGGACGGGAGAGCUGCUCCCACAUCAGUGCCGCUUCCUUCACCGCCGCCGCCGGGGCCAGUCAGAACCCAUCCACCUGCCUAGAGGUCACUAAUAAUCGUGAAAAUGCUGUCCCGAUUGUUCCGCAUGCAUGGCCAGUUUGUGGCUUCCCACCCAUGGGAGGUUAUUGUGGGCACAGUGACCAUCACCAUAUGCAUGAUGUCCAUGAACAUGUUCACAGGCAACGAUAAGAUCUGCGGCUGGAACUAUGAGUGCCCUAAGUUUGAAGAAGAUGUUCUAAGCAGCGACAUAAUCAUUUUGACCAUUACACGGUGCAUUGCAAUCCUAUAUAUCUACUUUCAGUUCCAGAAUCUCAGACAGCUUGGAUCUAAAUACAUUUUAGGUAUUGCUGGCCUCUUUACCAUCUUUUCAAGCUUUGUCUUCAGCACGGUGGUCAUCCAUUUCCUGGAUAAAGAAUUGACAGGCUUGAAUGAGGCUCUUCCAUUUUUCCUGCUGCUUAUUGACCUCUCAAAAGCCAGUGCAUUAGCAAAGUUUGCCCUUAGCUCCAACUCACAGGAUGAAGUUCGAGACAACAUUGCUCGUGGCAUGGCUAUUCUGGGGCCCACAUUCACCUUGGAUGCGCUUGUUGAAUGUCUGGUGAUUGGAGUGGGAACUAUGUCAGGUGUUCGCCAGUUAGAGAUUAUGUGCUGUUUUGGCUGUAUGUCUGUCCUAGCAAACUAUUUUGCCUUCAUGACUUUCUUCCCAGCCUGUGUGUCAUUGGUAUUAGAGCUUUCCAGGGAAAGCCGGGAGGGACGUCCAAUCUGGCAGCUUACUCAGUUUGCAAAUGUAAUGGAAGAGGAAGAAGAUAACAAACCAAACCCUGUCACACAGAGAGUGAAGAUGAUCAUGUCCCUAGGUCUGGUCCUUGUUCAUGCUCACAGUCGGUGGAUAAGCGAACCCUCCCCUCAGAAUAGCACUUCCAUUUCAGAUAACAAGGUUAGCAUCGGCUUGGACGAUACGAUACCGAAAAGGAUUGAGCCCAGCAUGCCUCUCUGGCAGUUCUAUCUAUCUAGGAUGAUCACCAUGGACAUUGAACAAGUCAUAACACUGGGUCUUGCUCUUCUUCUGGCAGUCAAGUACAUUUUCUUUGAGCAGGCUGAGACAGAGUCUACCCUCUCCUUAAAGAACCCCAUCACCUCUCCAGUUACUGUGCAGAAGAAGCAUGUGGAGGGCUGCUGCAGAAUGGAGCCAGAAAAAGCCCCCAAAGACUGUAAAGUAGAAGAGAUCUCCACAAAGGAAGAGAAAGAAGCGGUCAUAAAGCCAUUGCCACUUGAAAGUACAUCCCAGGUUAGCUUUAUGCUGGGCGACUCCUCAUCCUCAUCCCCUGAUUCAAGUGAAGAGGAGAAGGAAACAAAGUUCACUAUACCAGAGGUGCCCCGACCCAUCGAUGAAUGUGUUCGCAUCCUCAAAAACCCAGAACAAGGCUCCCAAUACUUGAGUGAUGCAGAAGUAAUAAAGUUGGUGAAUGCGAAAUACAUCCCUGCCUAUAAGUUGGAGUCUAUGAUGGAGUCUCCAGAAAGAGGAGUUUCUAUUCGCAGACAAAUGCUUGUUCCCAAGCUGCCUCAGUCAUCUGCCCUUGUGAGUUUGCCUUACAAGAACUACAACUACUCCUUGGUAAUGGGUGCAUGCUGUGAAAAUGUAAUAGGGUAUAUGCCAAUUCCUGUUGGUGUAGCAGGUCCCCUCAUCCUGGAUAAUAAAGAAUAUCAGGUUCCUAUGGCUACAACAGAAGGUUGCCUUGUGGCUAGCACCAACAGAGGCUGUAGAGCCAUAAUGCUGGGUGGAGGCGCACGCAGCCGUAUCCUUGCUGAUGGCAUGACUCGGGGACCAGUUGUUAGAUUACCUUCUGCCUGUGAAGCAGCUGAAGUUAAGAACUGGCUUGACAGUCCUGAAGGCUUUAAAGUUAUUAAAGAUACAUUUGAUAGCACAAGCAGGUUUGCUCGUCUUGGGAGACUUCAGACCAGUGUAGCUGGACGAAACCUUUAUAUUCGCUUCCAGUCCAAAACAGGAGAUGCCAUGGGAAUGAACAUGAUAUCAAAGGGCACAGAGAAGGCUCUCUCCAGAUUACAAGAAGAAUUUCCUGAGCUCCAAGUCCUUGCGGUUAGCGGUAACUACUGUACGGACAAAAAGCCGGCUGCUAUCAACUGGGUAGAGGGAAGAGGAAAAUCUGUUGUCUGUGAAGCUACUAUACCAGCAAAGGUGGUGCGAGAGAUAUUGAAGACAUCGACAGCAGCAUUGGUUGACGUGAACAUUAGCAAGAAUUUGAUUGGCUCUGCAAUGGCUGGCAGUAUCGGAGGUUACAAUGCACAUGCGGCCAAUAUUGUGACUGCAAUUUACAUUGCCUGUGGACAGGAUGCUGCUCAAAAUGUUGGCAGCUCAAACUGCAUCACCCUGAUGGAGGCUACAGGCCCCAUGAAUGAGGACUUGUACAUCAGCUGCACAAUGCCUUCUAUAGAGGUCGGUACUGUGGGAGGAGGCACCAACCUGGCCCCGCAACAGGCUUGCCUACAAAUGCUAGGAGUCCAAGGUGCCAGCUCUGAAUACCCUGGCAAAAAUGCCUGUCAGCUUGCACAGAUUGUCUGUGGCACAGUAAUGGCUGGAGAGCUUUCCCUUAUGUCUGCCUUGGCAGCUGGCCAUCUUGUCAAGAGUCACAUGGUCCACAACAGGUCGAAAAUUAAUCUUCAAGACAUGCCAGGCACAUGCAUAAAGAAAGCUGCAUGAGCCUUUACCAUCUGCAGCGAUUUCACUUGGAUCUAAGAAGGACCACAGCAGGAAAUCUAAGGGAACGAGCAGAAUAUUUAACGGAAACAUCCUAUAGAGUAAAGGUGCUCUUCACCAUUGGAAAAGCAAGAUGUGCAGGCAACAUGAGAAGAAGACUUAUGCCAGCCUCAACCUGUAUUAAAUGAAGUCUAUGUGCCUCAUGUCCGGUUAACUACGUCUUAAAGGGUCCAGUAAUCACUGAUGGCUACGUGUUUGCUGCUGAGGCAAGAGCCAAAAUGCCGGAGAGCUUGGAUCUCAUUUUGUUGUUUUUUUUUUACGCUGCUCGCCAUGAACUUUUCAAUACCUUUUAAAGUUACUUUGCAGUUCUGUUUAAAGAAUGUUUAUUUUUAUUUAAUCAUACUGAUGUUUGUAAUAUACCUCUGUUUUAGUUAAGAAAGAAUAAUAUAUUUCUUAUUGGUCUAGCUUUAAUUCCAGUCUUGAAGAGAUCCAGCAAGUGACAUGAAACUUAUCCCUCAUGACAUGCAUAACCAGUGACUGCUCUUCACAUCUUAGCAUGCAUUGCUGUAGGGAAAGCAACAGCUAGAGAGCCACUGAUAAAACACAAUAUUGGUCUUAAACCUAUGUAUCUCCAGCUGUUGUGGAACUACAACUUCUAGAAUACCAUGCUGAGAGUUGUAGUUUCACAUCAGCUAAAGAUACGUAGGUGGGAGACAUGAUAAACACUAAUAAAUGUACAGAGGGUCUCUAAGACUUAAUUUACUUUUGCUUUCAAAUCUAAACAAGCACAGAAUCUAGAUGUACUCCCAGCCAUAAUGCACCUUUUGGCGGAGGUGUUUUUUCUUAAGUUCUGAUGUUGUCAGUGUUUUUACUGUCCCAUUCCUUAAAUUUUUAAAUUUUCUUCUAUUUUUGAUUAAUUUGUUACUGCAAGUGCUACUGAAAAAACACCCCUAUAAUCUAGAAUUGAACACAUGUGAGUUGGGAAUGUGACUUCUCUAGUAUUGGCGGCCAUAUUUUUCUUGGUGGUCUGUCGCUACCUCAGUCAGAAUAGUUAUGACCAUCUACUGCCAUACCAGAUGCAGUCGAAACCAAACAGAUUACAGAUUUGGCCAGUGUAGAAUUCAGUACAGUUUUAUACAGCUGUUUUAAGGAUGCGCAAGUUGUAGAUUUUGUACUUUUUUUUUUUAAUUUUAUUUUCCCUUUUUGUACCUCAUGACUUGUCUGUAUGAUACAGUACAUUGCAUUUUCAUCUGAGGCAUUUAUUGCUUUUGUGGUGUAUAAAUUACCUGGAAACAAUGUGUUAACUACUGUAGCUGGUGCCUGUGUCAUCUUCUUCUUAUGCUGGUGAAGAGGUGACAUCUUUAUGAAUAAAGCAUCUGUUUCCGUUUA